AAUACACGCGAUACCGACAUUUUUACUAUCGGCAUUACCGACAAGUGUUUUCCAAAUAGUGCAUGCGCCACCGCUGCAUGAUAAUUAUGAAGCCUCCAUAGGCCUUGAAGAUCUCCCCAAUAUUAUCUCUGGCCAAUUCUCCCCACUCUCAUUUCUGACUUUUGAUUUUUAACUCGUUUUAUCCGUUGCACUCGCUCAAUCCCUUCCCUCUAUUAUCAGUCUCCGGUGAUAACGAAUGUUUGGAUCUGGUGACACUACGUUUUCAAAUUUGAAUUGUUUCGGUGGCGUCAAUCAACCGUUUCAACUGCCAAAGUGUCAGUUCUACCUGUUCUUUGAGGCCCUUAACGUGUGUUUAUGAUCGACGUAUGUAAAAAGUGGAAAUAACCGCUUGGAAAAUUAUUUAACGAUUAUUCAUUCAAUUAGUGAGAGUAAUUCGUUCGAGUCUUGAUGAGGACACGUGUAUGGAGAAUUGUAUCAAAAUGGAAUUCGAGAAGGAUUCAUGCAGAAGUCCAAGGACUUCAGGUGAUAAUAAUCAAGAGAGCUUUAUAAAUAUGACGAUAUUGUCAACACCGAAACCACAGGCAACUUCCACUGUUGAACGUAGAACCUUUGGGUCAUACCCCUUGGACUCCUCUCUAAGAUUCCGAGACUCUCCAGGGGAUGACUCAACCUCCAACAACACGGAGAGUUCUCUCGGUCUCGUGAAUGACAUAUCCAGUCGUUCUAUAAUCGAUGAGGAGUGUUCAACACCCCCACUAAAUCGACACGAGACCGAAAGAAAACUUGCUCGAGAGCUCAUUCAGAAGGUAAAUAACAGAUUCACAAAUACCACCCUGGACCCCAACAAGGAGAACAACCUAAACAGUCCGAAUUUAUCUGACAACACUCCUUCCACUCUCACCAAUUCCCUGGAUCCCUUUUCCCCGCAGAGGGACCAUACCCUGCUCUCCUCGAGUGUCCCCAAGUCCAGCAUCACCAGCGUGGUCUUCGAACCCACUGAAAUUACAGGCCGAUCCUCAGAAAAAUCCCGAAGCCCAAACACCUCUCCCUCUCAAUUUAAAAACGAUGGCUUCAGCUUCAAUAGCACAGCUGCAGAACUAAUGGCGAAAUUCGCUAAUGAAGAUUUCCUCUCGGGUUCUAAAUUGAACUCUCAAUUGUCAGCUGACGAGUCAUCCUGGAAUCAAAACCUGGAGCCAAUUCGUUCCACUGAGAGGGAGCGACUGAACUUCUCUUGCUUCUCUGGAAUUAUUGGGGACAUGGAUCUUUCCCUGGAGUCCUGUGUAGGUCGUAGAGUCUCCGUUGGUGAGUUCUUCGGACGAAAGUGCGAGCCAAUAGGUCAGCUCUCAGCCACCGAAGGAUUCGAUCGACCUGCGUUUGGGUUCAACAUCAGGAGCCCCAAGAGACUGACGAAACCUGGAGCUCUGGUCAACCUUACAACGAUGACGGAUUCAUCGAAAUCGUCAGAGCCCCAAUCGCAGACGAACGACAACCCAGUAGAAAAAUUCUACACCACGUGCACAGCUUCCUGCAUCGACGACACUCGAGAUGAAGACGACGAGGAGCCUCUGAUCAGUCUCAGUGGAAUAGCGAAGGCCCUGGACUCAAAUGACGAAACCCCUCGUCGUCUUGUAGACCAACUUCUCAGGGUUAAAAAAAAAGAGAAGGAGCAGAAGGAAAGAAAACCCCUCGAGAAUGGCAACUGUACUAGCGGAACUUACACUCUGCAGUCAGCAAGGUGCUCUCUCCCUGCCUUUAACCUGGAGACUCCCCAGUCCUCGAGGAAAUUGUCACUAGACAGCAAGACAUUGAAUUCUAACGUUUCAACAAACAACCCAAGUGCCUCAACCUGGAGUCUACCGCUGUCAAACUCUUUCGAGCAGGAUCACAAAUCCCCUGAUAAGUUCAUUCAGAAUGCUGAGAUACAGUCCCCAGGGAUUCCAAAAGUGGACAGCACUCCAGACCCAGCAAUGAUCCUCACACCGCCGUCUCCAUUUUGUAGUAAGGAAUCUUUAAAGCAAUUAAUCAACCAACAGAUUCCCCCAGAGUAUUCAAGUCCUGGUGCCUCUGAGAAUGUCAAGAACUCACCAAUAUCAUAUAUCAAAUCGGAUCGUUCAAUCAAAAAAGAAAUUAAUACGUCCGGGCAAAUUUCCUCACCGAAACUCAAUAGUUUAACUCUGACAAACACAUCGGGGAUCGUUAAUGGUGGUAAAGACUCGCCAGACAAAAUUUCACUGGAAAAACUCGACAGUGCGAUUCUUAAGAAUCCAGCUGAGAGGCUGACCAUUGGCAAAAAUGCAGAAGGACUCUACAAGUGCAUUUUAGGAGUUGCCAGGGAGGCUGACAUCGAAAUGACUAACGAGAGUAAUCGUUGGCUGGUUUGCUCCCUUCAUCUUCUUCAAAUUCAGGGCGACAAGGAGAACAUUCACCUGGAAAUUCCAGACUACACGGUCCUGAUCAAGCCAGGCCAAAGCAAAAUUUUCAAGAUUGUGGUGAAGCUCUUAAAGAUGGGGGGACCGGUGUUAGCCGCCCUGAGCAUCAACUGCAGUGACAUGACCACCAGGGAGUCCUCCACGAAAAAUCAUCUAAUGUGUUUCAUACCUUCUGACGCUCAGAUUGACGUAAUCUAUCCAGAGGGACAUCAAAAUACUCUCAACUUUAGUUUGAAUAAGGAAGUAACAGAAUUGCCUGUGGUUCUGGAGAAUAAAUAUGACACUGACGUCCCCUUAGAGCUUGCCAUAUCAAAUAAUAAAUGGGACGUAUUCAAUAUGAAGAUAUCCAUGACUUCUAAUGAUCUAGUUGAUGAUAAUAAACCAGUUACUCAUUUAAUACUCAAAGCUAACGAUAAAUGUACACUUAAGAUUCAAUAUAAUCAAGAAAACAUGAAGCAGACCUUGAAGAAUUCUAACGAACAACCAAAACUACUCAUUCGAGUGCACAACGAGAUAAAGACUGGCUCGAUACUCGCUGAAAUUCCUCUCAUCGUCGAAGAAAUGCCCAACAACGUCGAGAAGGAUACCCCAGUGGAAAUAACAACUGUUUACUCUCGAUGUGACACUCCUCAACAGCAAUUAAUGACAAGUCUGCCAUCGUCCCCGCACAGUACGACCUCCACCACAAGUGCAAGAACCUCCACAAGUGCAGGAAGGUCAUCUCCUCGGAGUCUAUCAUCAGGUGGAACAGUAGCAGGUGACACAAUACCUAUUCAGUCCACCUACUCUUCAUUAUCCUGGACAACGGUGAAGGUGGGAAAACAUGAAAUCAAGGAAUUUACAAUUAGAAAUACUAGUAACAAUAAGAUAAAACUCCAGGCAACGAUAACUGACAAUGACAAGAGCUUCAAAUUUUUAAAGGAGAGAGAGUCCAGUACGAGUAUCCUGGUGGGUCUCCAGAAAAUGGAGAGCAGAACACUUUCAAUUAUUUACUCUCCGCUGAGAACGGGUGCGUCAGCGGGGAAAAUAACAUUUGUCCAUUACGAGAAUAAAAUCAAGAAGAGUCCUGGAAAUGUUAGUGGGAUUAAGGAAAGGGAAAUAAGGCCCUCCAGGGUGAUUAUGCUGUAUGGAUGUGGAGGGUAUGCCAAGGUGAAUAUUAAUCAGGCGAUGAAGAUUAUGGGGGCGCAGAUGUGGCUGUCUUUGGGGCAGUUGAAUUCCGCUGGAACUCUGACGACUACAGUACAGUUGGAGAACUCAGGAGAUUUGCCAGCUUAUGCCAAAAUAAAACUCUCUCCAAAGGCAGUUUAUCCUACUGUUGCAACUAGCUGGCAUGUCGAGCCCACUGAGAUCAUCCUGGGGCCUAAACAGUCCCAGUGGAUCACAAUCGACUUUAAACCAAGGAAGGAGGAUAUUGCUCUGUUGAGGGGUGACGUGGCAGAGAUGGGGAUAUUGACCAUCACCCAUGGCGACGAGCCAACUCGUUGGAGAAUCAGAAGACUCUAUAAAAAGUCUAUCGAGACUGGGCAGGUUAACGACAAACAAACUGACGUUUUCCGGAACGUGGUGGAUCCCAUCUGCAGGAUUUUUCCUGGGGAGGAACAGAUGCCUCAGCUGUCGAUCAUCAGGGAUGCUGUCCAGGACCUGGGGAUCCUCUGUCGCAGCGUCCAUCGUCAGGUGGUAACCCUCAUGAUGGAUUUGAAUUUCGAUGAAACCGUUCCGAUAUUCACUGAUGAUGCAGACGAGUCCCAGAUGUUUCAAUCUCUCUGCAGUGACACUAGUGUUGUCUCUGUUCAUGAUGAGGACAGUUACAUACCAUCUGAAAGUCUUUUGGAGAGGACUCUGGUGGCUGGACGACAGAGAGAACUGGAUGAGGAGUUUAGUGUCACUCCAGCUUCUGUGACACUCAAUCCUCCUGGAUCUAAGGAUGCCACUGUCAUGAUCACCAGUGCAUCCAGCACUGCCCAGCCUUUUGAAGCAAAAUUGACGAACACAGAGUUCUUGAGUGUUGUGCCUUCUGGAGGAAUGAUUCCAGCCAAAAGGGGGUUCUUGAUUAAAGUUCAGUGUAAAAAGAAUGUUGAUAAAGGGUUCCAAGCGGUUUUACAAAUUUUUACGAGCAAUGAGAGAAAAGAUGUAAAAAUUCACGUUGUGCCUAAGAGAUAUUGAAUUAAUAUUUAAAAUGGAAGAGGGUGGAAAAUAUUUCUGGAGCCUUUAUGAGAUUUAUAUUUAAUUGUAGGCAACAUAUGCAUUUAUACGUCUCAAAGACAAUUUUUUUAUUUCAGAAAAUUCGAUCAAAUUGAAUUUAACUGUAGUAUUGCAGAUUUGUUAAAGCUCAGUGAAGUAAAUCAUCCACUUUUAAAAAUGCGACAUGGUAAUCACAAUGAAUCCAUCUAUGAUUAUUUAAUUGAUUUCAUUUAUUGAAUAUUAAUAAAUUUGCUGGAAACUGUUUUUUUUUCGAUUCUCCGCCUUUGGGCAACGCAGAGAAUUAUCAAGCAAAAAGAAACUUUGAAACUCUGUUAUUAUUUCUUUGUCUCAUAAUUUUUUUUAUAUUGUAUGUCUAAAAGAGUACACCCGGCAGUUGUUUAAACCCCGGGCGAUGCACCGGUGACACAUGUCGAAAACACUUUAGUUCGUAAUUAGCUGAAGUGAAUAACUAAAAAUUUUUUUCGGCGGCUGUCAGAAUUGCAAUGGGCGAAUGAGCAACGGAAUAAAAGGGAUAAAAACUCGAGAUUUUUUUUGUUAUCCAAAAGUGUGUCAAAUGUCUCCUGCAGAUUAGUUGGCUUUACAUUGGGACACGUAUCCCGCACGUUUUAUGAAUUUUUCUAUGUAUUCUAUGUAAAUGAAUUGAAUCGAAUUAA